UGUCAGCUGCCCGUCGUCGGCGUUCGAUCUAGCGUUCGGUGCUCCGCCCCGGUGUGCCCAAGCUGGAACAUGCCUGGUGGUUUAGCUGAGUUUUGGCGGUGUUGCAGCAUCGCUGUCGCGCUGCUGCCCUCGAACGGUGGAUUCAUCCGGCUGAACUAACCAUAAGCUGUUCAGGGCGAGCUCCAAGCCAUGACGCAUCAUUUGCAGAUGAUAAGCGAUGUCCGGCGAUUUGGAAGAGGUGGGAAAGCUUGUAGGUCAUCAGAUUCGACCAGUGUUGCAGACUUCCUAAAGUGCGAGACUUUCGCAUCUGUCCCGAUUCCAGAUCAAGGAAGAGUUUCAACACGUACACUACCGGCCCGCUACCCCUGCUGCGGUCACCGCACCGAGGUUCUGCACAGCAGGAGCUUACUCCACAUUACGGAAAAAUCAACUGCACGGCUAUCGUGAUGAAGACUGAGGAAGACAGGUCACAAAGCGGUCUCCCGCGCAGCAAAUGUCGGGCGGCCGCACCAUGCAGGCUUAGGUGGAGAGGGAGGGGGCGGAGUCACCUCCUUCACGUGGUUUGUUCAUAGGAAUCACAAGCAUUAUCGUGGCCACUGGGCAUGUCAGGUGAGUUUCCUUCAUUUCCCGAGUGUCUUUGGUCACGAGCAAGCGGCGAGUGAUGAAGGCUCCGCUGCCGCUCCCGUUUUUCCUGCACGGGUAGCGCUCGCGGUGCCCCGCCCGCUUGUCUGUGCUGUCUUACGCUACGACGACUUCGAUGCGUACCAACCAACUCGCCUAAGAAGUUCUACUACAAAGUCUUUUAACUGUUCAGGUCGCUGCAGGAUGACUAAUUUCGGAGGCCCCUCUUUUACCUAGCCUACUAUUGUCUUCGGUGGAACUCUCAGUUAUGCAUAGUAUACCUAGCUGGCCUGCUCGUAGCUUUAGUUUAAGUCGUAAUACAUGCUUUCCGUUUGCAGGCGUGGUUGUCGUACAUUGUUUCCUCGCGCUUUUGUCACACCACAUAUGAUGGACAGGGGUGCUCCAACCGUGUUACGCGUUUUUCCGAGGCGUAGCACCAUGGCCACCCCUUCCCUCCUGCUUUAAUUGAUAAUUUAUUGUAAUGCAAAUUUAGGACUAAAGAAAUUCUAGUACAAUCACCGCUGUUCUCUUAAUGAUAUUAUGUGGAAUACCUUUUUCCCUAAAGCGAAAAAUAUUUGCAAAUAUUUUCUUGAUAGCUUAUGCCUAAGUGGAACGAGAUUUAUACAAAGCUAUCAGCUAGCCUUAGCAAAGCCAGAAAACCAAUAAAAACACAUGAUUACGAUGCCUACAGUGUUUGGUCUUAAGUCCCACUCGCCAACCAGGAUAAAAUUAGUUGGUUUGAAGUACCUUACUAAAUAAAAAUGCUAUUUAGCAAUUUUUUGUUGUUUUUUUAGUGCUGACCCAAAUGGGAAAGUCGGAUGGGAAAGCUGGUUAUUGCUAGUACAUAUGACGCAUACUUUCCACGGUUUGCUAUAAUUUUCGGUUUAGCUAACUCAUGGUUGCCCCUCCGUUGAGUUUUCUCUUGGUACUUCAAUGAGCCGAUAUGAGAGAGCUUCGUAGCUCGAAUGUGCGCAAUUGGUGAGUAACGACUGGUUACAAAGUUUCAGAAGUAGCUAGUUGGAGACACGGACCAAGCAUCCUCACUUGCCAUUAUAACCUUCGCAUGGACGACUAUAAAAUGCGGUGAAAGAAACGUAGCUACUCGCAUCAUGUAAACUGCUUCUUGGCCUAGUUCGUAUCAGCUGAAAGACGGAUUUGCCACAAAGAAGACGCACAUAAAAAAGGAAGCAACAUUGAAGAGGCAGGGGCGGCACUUCUAUCUUCAAUGUGGCUUUUUUGUGUUUGUGUUAGUGUUUCUGUGUAUGUGUGUGUCUUUGCCGCGAACACGUUGUAGGCGUGUAAUAAAUAAAAAUUUCGCAACUUUGUUUAAGCGUUUGCGAGACACCCAGAAGUGCAUCCACCAGCUGCACAUUCCGUUUACUGUUCUUUCUCUGGCGUAUAUUCGCACCAGCUCACGUGGUUGAUGAGGGACACGCCAGAACAAGAAAGACCCGCCACAGGUGUUUUUGCGGUUGAAGAGGACAACGAGGCAGAUGAAAACGUUAAAGGGCGAUUGCAGGCUUGACAGCAAGAAAACUCUACCUGGAUUCGUGUGAGCCGAAGUUGGCGAAGGACGCAAACUUUGCAUGAAACAGCGCAGACGCUUGAAGGAAGAAGCUGGAUCAGCAACAAGGAGCGUGGGAGAACCGGUGACGAGACCAUAAUCACGCACAAGAGCAAACAUUUGACGCAGAUAUGUGCGUCAAGGCCUGCUUACUAGCAAUGAGGGUAUCGACGAGGUAGGCAAAGCCAAACGAUAUACUCCUGGUGACUUCCUCAUAGAACGCUAGAAUGUUUGGGCCACAUUGCGCAAACAAAAAGGCGUACUCAAAACUCCAACAGAAAAAACGGUGUAUUGACAGCAGUUUUUGCCACGUAAGGUUGUACAACAUUCGAAUAUAUGGUGGUCCCAGCUACAAAGGCACUGCAAUUGUGAAUGUCGGGUAGAGGGUAGUGGUUAGGAACACUGGUCGCAUUAGCCGCCAAUCGUUCAAGCACCACGAGCUUGAAGACGGAGUAAUCACAUUUAGCUGCAACAUCUGCCCAUGCUCGUGGUCAUCAACAUGGAGCUUGUCAGCGGCAAAUACAGAACCCUGUUGUUCCAUGGCAGGUCUUGCUGAAUGUCCGGGUCACCAGUAACCGCGGGAGACUAAACACAAAUAACAAAAUGCAGAAGACCAGGGCUCAAGAAGAAGAACACAAACGACAGGACCGGCGCCGGUCCUGUGGUUUCUGUUCUUCUUAGUCCUGGUCUUUUGCGCCUUGCCUUUACUAAAUCAAGCAUGAACCAACUAGCCCAAGCAAGAGUUUUACUUGUACAAUUAACAAGAGCGCGACUUUCUUUCAGCGGGUCGCCUGAGACCCAAUGGCGGAUCCACCCGCCGUCCAUUGUCCUUCGUCUUAUUUCUCACGCCUAUAUUCGCAUCAGCAAAUGUGGUUGACCAGGGCUAAGCCAGAUGCAUAAUAACAACACGCCAAACUGUAUUUUAGCUAAUGACAUUAGUUAGACGUUACGAUUGAAACGCAAGAAACCUAAUAGGGGAGGGGGCGAUACUGCAAUUGGCCACCUGAGUAACUUGAACAUUUUGUUUGUUGCAAAAGUGCGGAUUGCUUGCGAGCGUCUGCGUCCUUCUGACGCAUACCCCAGCCCAGCCAUUUAAAUCUUUAGUAGUAGAUGAUAUGGACAUGUCCAUUAGAUAGACACUUGCCGAUAUGCCCCCCCCCUCCCCUGAGUAUCAAAGCCAAUCAGGCACGGACAACUACAGGAUAGCGCAAAGAUAUCAACGGCUCGAUGAAAGCUUGGCUUUAACUUGAAAGUUUUUGCGUUUGAACGUUACCCAUACACAGCAAGGCAGCAGAACCCAGCAGCUGCAAAGUGGACAAAUACAUAAAGGGCUCCUUUUAGAAGAACAAAAAAUAAUUAGGCACUCGUUCUCUUGCGAGAGAAUGACCAUGCCCUUAUCAUGUACAAGCGAUCUUUGUAUAUUAGCACGAUUCAACUGCGCGACUUUGAAAAGCCACAUUGUGCGUUUUACCUUGCAGGUCACGGUGUGCGGUGACUUGGGACUGGAUAGACAUUGCCCUCACGAGCAACGACUUGCAGCCGUCACUACAUCUAGCGGUCUAGCCAAGUGGCCGUCACGAGCCAUUCACUCCCUACAUGCUACACUCCAUAUUACUGCAGCUACUUUCACCAGCUAGAAUAUGUAGGAAUUAGAAAACUUAAAAAAUAUACAUUGCGUAAGUUCUGAGGGCAUACGGAAGGGCUUGCGGCUUUGCCGCUGUAGUUAUCAUGCAGUUGCGCAGUUACAGCCCACCGUAGUGCAGUGAACAUCAUACCAGAUUUAACAUAUUUUCUGAAAAAUCGGUCAAGUAGAAAGUUCGUAUCUGGAAUAUUAUUUAAACUUGCACAUUUAUCUCAAGCCGACCACAAUUUUUUUUCUGUUCUUUCUACAAAACAAAAACAUUUCGCCAUCACGUUAUAGCUAACAAACUAGAGAACUGUUGAACUUUCGAAGAAUGUAAUCUACUGUGGGCGAAAUUUCUUGAAAAAAUAUCUUGAAUUUCAUUGACACACCAUGCAGCACCACUGCAUUCCGCUGCGUGGAGUCAGAGACACAUAUAUAGGGCGUUUAUGAAAACAAUAGCGCUAAAAACAAAUACUUUUAAAUAGAACAUAAUGAAAUCAACCAAGGUGAGUUUCUAGUGGUCACACAGAUUGUCUUCGCGAAUUCCGUGAUGUUUUGUCAGUUGGUGGAUAUCUGCGCCAAAGAACAUCCACAGCAUGUCAAUCCGUUGACAUGCGAUGACACAGAAAUGUGUUGCUCCGCAGUUGCAUUCGCCUAGUGUUUGAACUGUAUUGAUUCUAGGCUUAUUUCUUUACUUACAUAGUAUGUUCAACAAUGACUUGAUAUUUAUGCUAUGAACUGAACUUGUGUAUUGUAUCGUAAAUAGUUUUUUCUGCCAACUUGUGGCUGUUUCUUUAUGCAGGUACUGAUAACGCCACGCGCAAGACGCCGACAUCCGUUGGAACUCCCACGAUGUCAUCAUCAGUAGUGGUACCCAUGUCAACGUCACCAAGUUCCCCUAGACCCUCAAACGCAACCACGACAACCCCAGCUGCGCUGUUCAAGACCAAACCAUUGGUGCUGUGCCAGCUGAUGUCUCCGAGCUACUUCAGGUCAAGGACCCUGCGUAACGCCGUCGAGGGACAAGACGUGCCGAGUUCAACGCUGUGUGACUACAUACUUCUGGACCUGCCACUUGCAGCUAACGGCACCUUUGAAUCCGACUCAUACAGAUUCCUCGCCCGUGCCCGCGCAAAGCAUCGCCUCCUGUUCCACGUCGACGUCGACCUGCUCGCCAAUGGAACAGGAUUUUUCUGGGUAAACUAUACCCUGUUCCAGGACAGCGUGCGAUAUGUACAGAGCUCGCUGAGCUCGAGCAAGCUUCAUGGGUUGGGCGUGCUCAAAGGUCUGCCAACCUUGCUCAGCCCGCAGCCACAGCCCAGUUGGAGAGCUGACCUGGCGGCGAUGUACAGCAUAUUUUCCCACAUAUUGCGGGGCACUGGUGUGGAUGACGGCAAAAUAAAGAACUUCUUUGCCUUCAAUCCGGGCCGCUUCACACACUUUAAUUAUGUGCCGCACCUUUCGGCGCUUAACAGCAUCAUACACCUGAAGCUCGUAAUUAUCCUGACCAUAACAAAUGAAAGGCUAACCCAAGUUUACCCAUCUUCAGCUUGGGACAACCGCUGCCUUCCUCAGAGCAACGAACCAAGAAUGCAUUGCGAAAACCAGCUGUUCGGACGGGUGACCACCGGUGCCUCGAUAUACUACAUCGGUGGGUCUGGCUGCGCUUUCGCCGAGGGCAACGAUACAAGCAAACAAGUGAUAUCCUUCGAAACGCCUCUCACAAUAAGGCACAAGAUGGUGGAGACGUACCGCAAGAUAGGCUACGACUUGACCGAUAAAUACGUGAUCAGCUGGGUAGUAUACAACAUGACGUACGGUCUGGCUCCAGCAGUCUGCAACGGCGAACACAAUCGUAUCUUAGAGAUCCGCAAAAUAAUCGACGAGAACAAGUGAUACCUGCGUCAAUAUUUGACCAACUCACCUACGCACUUGCAUAAGGUCCAGUUCUCCACUACAUAUCCAAAAUGAUGCCAAAUAUCGCGCCUUCACUCUCUAAGAAGAAAAAAAAACUUUUUAUCUUGUA